AGAAAUAUGAUGGCACAGUCAGACUUAGAUCUAAAAGAGACAUCUCUGAAAGAGGACUUGAAGUUUUACUUCAUGAACCCAUGUGAAAAAUACAGAGCAAGACGUCAAAUACCAUGGAAACUGACUUUGCAGAUUUUGAAGAUACUUAUGGUUACUUCACAGCUUAUUUUUUUUGGGUUGAGUAACCAAUUGGUGGUCUCAUUCAAAGAGGAAAACACUAUUGCUUUUAAACACCUGUUCCUGAAAGGGUAUUCUGGAGUUGAUGAAGAUGACUACAGCUGCAGUAUAUAUACACAACAGGAUGUUUAUGAUAGCAUUUUUUAUGUUAUUAAUCAGUACAAGCAACUAAAGAACAUAUCCCUGGGGGCACUUGGUUAUGAACAUGAAGGAUCAGGUUUAAAAAUCUGUAAACAACAGUACAAGAAAGGCACGAUGCUUCCUUCCAAUGAUACGCUGAACAUAGAUGUUUCUACUGAAACGGAAUGUAUCUUUUUUAAGCCACAGAAGCUAGCUGGAGAGAAGGCUGAACUGCAGCUGAACUCCUCUUUUUUCAGGCUUGAAUUUUACAGGCUUAUACAGGUUGAAAUCUCCUUCAAGCUGAAAGGCAUUGCUCUGCAGACAAUCCAUGCCCGUGAGUUGCCUGACUGCUAUGCAUUUCAAAAUACUAUAACUUUCAAUAAUAGAGCCCACAGUGGAAAAAUCAAAAUCUAUUUUGAUAGUGACACUGACAUUCAAGAAUGUAAAGACUGGCACAUAUUUGGCUCUGUUCUUCAGAAAAACACUCAAUAUAUCCUAGUGUUUGAUGGGUUUGUCAUCUUAAGUUGUUUUGCUUCUCUGAUCCUCUGCACACGAUCCAUUGUUCUUGCCUUGAGACUACAAAAAAGAUUUGUGAACUUCUUCUUGGAGAAAUAUAAACGUCAUGUCUGUCAUGCUGAUCGUCUGGAAUUCAUAAAUGGAUGGUACGUUCUGGUAAUAAUCAGUGAUGUGAUGACAAUCAUUGGGUCAAUCCUAAAAAUGGAAAUAAAAGCUAAGAACCUCACAAGUUAUGAUGUCUGCAGCAUUUUACUUGGAACAUCAACUCUCUUUGCCUGGGUUGGAGUCAUCAGAUACCUGGGAUAUUUUCAAACCUACAAUGUGCUCAUUUUAACUAUGCAGGCGUCUUUGCCCAAAGUGCUACGGUUUUGUUGUUGUGCUGGGAUGAUUUAUCUCGGCUAUACUUUCUGCGGAUGGAUUGUCCUGGGGCCUUAUCAUGAAAAGUUUGAAGAUCUGAACACAGUGGCUGAGUGUCUGUUUUCUUUGGUCAACGGUGAUGAUAUGUUUGCAACAUUUGCUCAAAUCCAGCAGAAGAGCAAGCUGGUGUGGGUGUUCAGUCGGUUGUAUCUGUACUCCUUCAUUAGUCUGUUCAUAUACAUGAUCCUUAGUCUCUUUAUUGCACUCAUUACCGACUCCUAUGACACAAUAAAGAAAUACCAGCAAAGUGGGUUUCCAGUAACAGAUCUACAUGAAUUUCUGAAGGACCAUGGCAACGCUGAUUACAGAAAAGGACGGACUUCCAUGCCAUUCAUCUGCUGCUGUAAGAGGCAACAGAGUGAUGACAACUUGAUACUUAUUAAUUGA